AUGUUGUCCAAUCUGGUGGCAGGCAUCAGCAAGGUGGGCGAGGGAUUUGACGGCGAAGUCAACGAGCCUAUCGACAUCCAUUUCCACAAGCUUCUCGAACUUAUGGUGGAUUCGCUUUGGAUAUGGGAAACAACAACAGAGUGGUUGGUGGAUCGGAGGAAGCUGCAGGCCAACUGGAAGCAGGAGCUGCGCAAGGUCAAGGAGAAGGUCGCCACUGCCCUGCCUCAGCUACCCGCCGACAAUGCCGAGAUACAGGCCCUCCUCAAGGACUACCAACCCUCGGACGUGCACUACUUUGUGUGCAAGAAGGUCUUCGAGGCGCUGGAGAAGACCGACGAGGCCAAGGAACGCAACCUCUUCGGUCAGUACAGCGCCAAGCGGAUGAAGGACUGGCAGGACAUCGUCAAGAGCUACGAACACAACAACGUCUACCUCGGUGAAGCCGCCGAAAUCCUCAUCUCUACCGUCAAAUACGAAAUUCCGUCUCUGUCGAAGAGGCUUGAUCGGUGGCGCAACCAGGUGGAGGAGUCGUCACGCAAGGAGCACGAAUACAACAAAUCGGCCAACGAAUACCGCAACCGGUACGAGAAGGAGUGCGCGGCCAUGGGCAUCCCGGGCCACGACGUGAAGACGGAGCUGCGGGGUCUGGUCUCGGAGCUGCCCAAGCUGCUGGACGAGGUCGCGGCCCUCCUGCAGUCGUCCGACACCGUGGAGAAGGCCUACCAGUACUACCGCGCCUUCGUCCACUACACAGCCUCUGAGGAGAGGGACACCGAGGACAUCGACGUGUGCCCAACGCUCAUGCGCGUCUACAAGAACGGCAAUGAACGCCUACAGACCGGCAGCCCUGCUGACAGCGGCGCGCAAGGCGCUGCUCCCACGAUAAACUGGGACCUCGGUGCCGAGGCGGACGUGGUCGAGGGAGGUGAAGCGCCCGCCAUCGACUGGAGCGCAAUCUCCCUGGACGAGCCGGCCGCCAGCGGCGACGACUCCACCGUGAGCGCUCCCGCAGCCAUCUCGUGGGACAUCUCCGUUGAGGGAGGCGAGGCGGGAGAGAACGGAGAGCCCGCCAUUUUGAACUGGGACAUCACUACGGAUUCCGCCUCGGACGCCCAGUCUGCAGACACACCCUCUGAUGCCACAGUCGACGUCGGAGGAAUCAGCUGGGACAUUUCGCUCGAGGCCGAGGGCGAGGCUGCCAUCGAAAUGGAGGCGGCCGGCACCGACGAGUCCGCGAGCGGUGCCCCGAGCGGCGGCGUCGGGUCGUCCGGCCACGGCACCGAGACUCUCCUCGAAAAUACCGAUCUCCGCAACCUCUUCCUCACCGAUCUGCUCGAGGUGUUCCUGAGGCAGCGACGGGCCGAUUUCGAUGUGCGGGACGACUUUGCGUCGUGGUUGCACGAGGAGCAGCAACGCAAUGCGCCGGCUUCCGUGCAGCAGACCAAGGAAGGCUUGGAGUCCUUCCUUAAGGCCGUCAACGCCGUCAUCGAUGCCCUGCACGCGCGCAAGACCCGACAGCUCAUCGAAAUCAAGAACUCCAACAAGUAUUUGGAACGGUUGGCCGGGCAGAUCAACCAGCACCUGUCGGUGGUCAACUCGGUGGAGGGGUCCAAGAUGGCGGCGAUCAAGCAGAGGAACGAGCUGCAGGAGAGCAUCGCGCAGACCUACCCCCGCAUCUCGCAGCUCACGCGCAUCGCCAAGGAGAUUCGGAAGCACAUCGAGCUCGCCCUCUCGGCCCAGUACUCCAACCGGAAGGUCAGCCUCAUCGGCGGCGACCUCCAGAACCUCAAAUGA